GCACCCAAUUCUCUUCAGUUAAUUCACAUUCACAAUGGAAGUCGUGCAUGUCAGUGCAAAUUCUUAGCUUUUUACGACAAUUAACGGCGAAAAAGGCUAGAAUUUCGCACGUGUAAAAUGUAAAUAGCUAGUGUAAGCGACGCGCAAGAUGGAAAGAGACUCGUUUUGCGGCUAAAGAACGCUCAGUGCUUGUGAAUCGCCGACACAGUGAAAUCAUCGAAAUUCCGAGGUUGGUUCUCUCAGCAGUCUCUUCUUUUUUUAUUCUUUUACGUUUGGCAACUGCAAAAAUAAUGCCGUGCGUCGCCAGGGCUGCGUGUAGCUAACCCAGGGCAAAUCUGUUUUUCUGGUGUGCAGUGUUGAAUGUGGAGCACGAUCACGAAUCUGUUCGCCACUCGACAACCCGAAUCGCAACAACCAGAGCUCGGACCAUCCGCAGAGGAACAAGAAGAGCUGUCCACAGCCAUGGAACGGCCACUGCAACGCAGAUUGUCGGCCGCGAACCUGCUGUCCAGCAACGGCCAGCAAGAGGAGUCGUACGACCCCCGACAGGCAAAACAGAGGGCUUCCGUCAAGUGGCUGCUGUCCAAGGCUUUCAAUGGUCGGGUGCCGGACAAUUUACGAGAGCCGUUCUACAGAGACCACGAGGGUCAGUUCCACCUCAAACCCCACAUCACUCACACGCUGGCCAACGCGGAGCUUUACUGUCUCGCCCUCAGCAACAUCUACGCCGAUCCGAAUUUCCACAAUUUGAAUCACAGCGGCAUUGUGAACGCCCUCAUCAGAAAAGGAGUCACUCCCGAACCUCCCGGGCAAGACUGCCCCCUCACAGAGACCACCCUUUUUCAAACCAAUCCCCUGAGACUGAGUGCCCACUUGGCCAUAAUUGAGUCGAUGAUGGCCUUAUACGCCAAGGAAGUAGCCACACCAGACGCAGUUUCGGCUGCGAUCAUAAGGUUGUCACACCUUCACCAAGAGGAGGCUGUCGAGUUGCCAAAUCCAACCACCCCGCAGCAGAGUCUCCUGGCGUGGCUCAAUUGCAGUUCCAAAGUCAUGAACACAAGGCUGAAGCUGGACGGAGCAAACAAUUAUCAGCUAAUACCUGAGGUGCACAAUAUACAAGAUCUAUCCGACGGAGUGGCGCUGGCAGCCCUCGUGGCCCUUUACUGUCCGUCGGAGCUCCCCUGGGAGAACGUGCUGGUGCCUAAUUCCCAGCAGGGGACCGCCUCUGUUGGCCAGUCAGUCCAGAAUCUAAGUUUGGUGCAGCAAUUUUGCCAGGAGGCGUUGCCGAGCGAUUUGAUGCACAUGGCGCCAGAGGACGUCACCUAUUUACGAAGUGGUGAUGGGUUUGACGACGACGACGAGUUCCUUGAUGCGAUGGACGCGUACGAGGCGCGGGCGUCCUACUCUCCACCUGCCGCUGGCGGCUCCUCCACAGCACUAGCAAUGCUGUCCUGUGCUCAUUCCUGUCGAAGGAGGCCACCCUCCGAACAUCACAGCUCGAUGAACAUGAAUCUUCUUGCAUUCCUCGCAGACAUGUUUAACGUGAUGGAAAUUCAUCCAGCCAAAUGUGUGUGCUUCCCUGGCUCUGGCAGCCUCUCUUUGAAAGACCCUCGCAACAAUCAAGGUGUGGGUCACAGGCGAAGUCUCUAUGGGUCUCAGGUCAUCUCCCCCAUUCCUGACCUGAGAAGCAACCUGUCUCUACCACACCCCACAGUGACCAAGUCAGCUUCAAGUUUGAGCAACCCAAGUUCUGGUUCUACUCCUGUGGUCCAAAUGACAAGUUCAUCCCUUCGACGUACUAUGUCCUUGCACCACACCCCUGCACCAGAUCAAAACUUAGGAGAUGAAAGUAGGGAAAUGUUCGUCGUUCACAAAAGCAGAGCCGUUCCAACUCUGUUGAGGAGUCGGGACGAGUCGGACGAGAGGCACCUUCCAGCAGCUGGCAAGCCCAGCAAUUGGGAGCAGGUCAGCAGACGCUCAAGCACGCCUCAGCACACCCCGCAGCCAAAUUCCACAGAACGGCCGGUUGAAAAGUCGUUGGCGGGCAGAAGGUCGAGACGCAACUCAAUCAACGCAGAGGAAUCUCAGCUGACUGUCGAGAACUUCGGCGGCUCGCAAGAUAACCUGCAAUUCAUCGGACGGAAUCCGGACAAGGAUGUGGCCGUGCACGUGGGCCGAAGGUUAGACAUGACCAUUGAAAAACCAGCACCAAUCAAAAACCUGCACAACAUGACCUCCCUCGAGAUGAAUAGUUCGUUUUCAGUUCAGCAUGCUAGUAAUUCUACCCCUAUCACCCCCACCAUAAACAAUGGCACUAGAACAUACAAUGGUGAUUCUGACUCUGAAAACGUCCGGCCAACCAACUUUGCCGAAACGUCACGACAAAACACACAAAAUUCCCAGCAGGCUUUUGACACACCAACCAAGAUUAGGUCUGCUGAGAAGAAAACUGCCACCUUUGCUGAUUUGCCAAACACAACCACCUGGAGGCAGCAGCAACAACAACAGCACCAGCAGCUUCCCUUCAACGAGGCCAUACCUACCCAAGAAGAGGGACAAGUGAUGGCCACUCAACUGCACAACAUUCGGUUGAAGCUGGAGGAGAAGCGGCGCCACAUUGAAAAUGACAAAAUGAAAACAGAAAUGGCUCUCAGCAAGCAGAGGCAAAAAGUAGGAAAGGCUGCAUUUUUACAGGCUGUAACAAAGGGAAAAGCGGUGGAGGCAGGGAAUGAAUCCGUUCAGGUUAAAGAUCAAGAUAGGAAAUCGCCUCAGCGGCAGCCGGCCACUAGACCAGUUUCUUUAAAGGAAAUCAACGAUGAUGUGAUAGCUGUGGAAAGUCGAUGGCUUUCCCAGGAAGGCAUUCCACAACACAAAGUGCCACCAGAGGAUCCUAGAACCCCAGAUUUGGAACACAUGGAUAUUGAAUCUUAUCACAAUUCAUUGGUCCAGAUGAAUUCCAGUUUAAAAGACCUGCAGGCAGACAUUCAGCGCCUAGCAUCUAGGCAGCAACACAUUCACCAUGUUUUGGAGCAACGACCCCAGUCCAUGUCUCCUCAACCUCCCCAGCAGCAGCAGCAGCAACAACAACAACAACAGAUGCAGCAGCAGCAACAACCUCCCCAUCAGUCAGAGUUCUACCUGCACUCUGGGCACCCGCAACCCCAAUACAUUCCUCCCCAACAACCCCAGCAACCCAAUUACAACACUUACAACCCCUACAACCCUCACAACCAGUACCAGCAGCCCCAAUACCAGCCCACCCCUCCUCCGAGGCGCACCUGGGCCUCUCCGAAUCCGAUGCCAAUUCCGAUGCAGCAGCAGCAGCAACCCCAGGGCCCACCCCCUGGACCUGCUGGAGACGGAUACAUCCCUCACAAUGCGUGGGUUGACCCUGGGCGCCAGAACAUCCCCAAGUACCCGCAACCCCAGCACUACUCUGCGCCUCAGCAGCACCACCCCCAAAAUACUCCACCCGGUGGCGGAGGCUUCAUGCUCCACCCUGCAUCUUCAAACUCGUCGUCCAACCAGAUGUCGUACUCGCUGCACAACGGCAGCAACACUGCUUCGCCACAGCACAGGAACACUUUGAACAGGCUGAACCAGAUGAUGGGCCAGCAACAAGCGCCCCACGUCACAACAGUGCCAAUCCCAGGUCCCCCGGUCGACGACCCAAUGGCGCCUCAGCCGAUUGCCUUCAUCGGAACGCCUGAGAACCGACUUACUUUCAACAAAGAAAGUGGAGAUGUCAUGGAGGACGUGAAUGUGAACAUCCAAAGGCUGAAUAUCACUUCAGGCUCAAGGACGUAUCGGCUUCCCUCCCCCACAAGGCCCAUUUCCAAAGGACGUCCUGCCUAUCAAACUGCCAAGCCCGAUGAGGAAGAGGAGGAAGGUGAAGACGUUGCACCUCCGCAGACUCUCAAAGACGGCGUGGACGCUGACAAGGGUUUCUACGUCAGUUUCGACGAGCCACCCAAGCGUCCAAAACCACCUCUCAGAACCAAGAAGGUUGCCAAAAAGCAGCAGGAACUGAUGCAGCAGCAGAUGCAGAACGAUUACGAAAUGGCAGCUGGCUCGUCAGGCUCGUCCUCGUUGGCGUCGCGACUCUCCCCUCAACCGGGCAUUGGCAGGACCAUGCCCAGACCCUCCCCCACUCCUCCUUCGACUCCCAGCGUCCAGCAGUAUUCCAUUGAAGCGACUGAUGAAGAAAUCAGUGUACAAAUGACGCCUGUGGCCGUUGCUGGCGAAGGCAUCAGCGGCUUAGGACUUGUGAUAGGAGACAUUGCUGCUCCAGAUCCUGGUGCUUUGGACGCCAUGGAGAAGAAGAAGGAGAAAAUUCUGUUGGCGUCGUUGAGGAGGAGGCAACAGCAGGAGGAGAACAAGGCCAGGAAAGAGCUGGCGGCGAGUCUUGCCAAGGAGAGGGAGCAGACGAGGGAAGAAAGACAGGCCAUGAAGCGGGAGGAAGACAGGUUUAGAAGGGCACAAAUUCUACAGCAGUAUAAACUGAAGAAAACCAUCGAAGAAGCCGAGAGAGAAGGCAAAGUGAUAGAUAAGGCUGAACUGCAGCGUCUUCAGGCAAUGUGUUCGACUCCUUCGUCUCCCUCUUCUGCCACUUCGAACGCCAGUUCCGGCGGUCCUCGCAUGAGGAACAAAACUCCAGGCACCACUCCAAGGCCCAGACCCAAAACCAUUCACAUCGAGAGAGGUCAAGACGGCAGCAACGGUGACGAACCCGACAACCGGCAAUUCGGUUUCCGGAGACAAGGCUCAGCCACCAACCUGGCCGAUUCUGCGAGUUACGGAGGACACAACACGAUGCGUCGGGCUGCCGGAUAUCGCGGUUCGCAAGACAAUCUCACCACCACACGAAGGAACUCUAUGUACAACAGAGAAUCCUCCGAUGACGGAAGAGGCACCUCAAGAGGCACCUCUCCGUCGCGCAUCGGUCGUCGAGGGUCGUACCGAACCUCUCGAGGAUCAAGCACUGAUCAGGACAGCUUGGCUUACCCUCGCUUCGGCGACACUGACUCUGGCCUCGGCAGGGCCACUCCUCCUCGCCGGGCCCCGUCUCCGGGAAUGGGCGUUCCGCGCCACCUUCCCUCCCCGUCAGGUCCAGGCUCCCUCCCUCCAGGUCUCAUGUCCAAGAGAAGACCCUUCGAUGACGCAUCAAGUGACAUUUCCAGUGCCAGCUCAAUGAUGGAAUACACAGGUCCCCGACUUUACCGCCAACCAGCAACCAAAUCAAACCGAGGCAUCAUGCUGAACGCCGUCGAGUACUGUGUCUUCCCAGGAGUUGUGAACCGCGAGGCCAAGAGGCGCGUGCUCGAGGAGAUCGCGCGUUCCGAGAGCAAGCACUUCCUCAUCUUGUUCCGCGACGCCGGCUGCCAGUUCAGGGCCCUCUACUCGUACUGCCCGGACAGGGACGAGGUCCUCAAGCUGUACGGCACCGGUCCACGCCAAGUCACUGAAAACAUGUUAGAUAAAUUCUUUAAGUAUAAUAGUGGUGGCAAAUGCUUCUCCGUAGUGCACACCAAACAUCUGACUGUGACCAUAGACGCCUUCACCAUUCACAACUCACUGUGGCAGGGCAAGAAAGUGAGUCUCCCUAGUAAACGUGAUAUGGUUCUCGUUAUUUAAAAUUGUCGCUCCUCAAGAAGAAAAACUGCUGCUCCCGAGAGAAUUGAUUGAAUUGAUUACGAAAAACAGAUUUUAAAACGAGUGAGUUACACUCUAAAAUGAAAUUCACACUACUUUGACGGGGCGGAUUAUUUUUAUUUUUAACUUGCCAAAAACUGGAAACUCAACAAGAAAUGAAUAAUAUUAAUAAAUAGCAUUUUUUUUCCGUGUGACGAGAGAUGUCGCUUCUCAGCUGCUGUCGUGUCUUGCGAAGUAUUAUCCGACUCGCAUCCAGUAUUAAUAAAAUUAGUGUAAUUCACGCUGAUUGUCAUGAUCAAUCGAUUUAUAUCAUUUGGUUGGCUGUAAUGAGCACAAAAUCAGCCUGCAAACUGUUCGGUUAGAGAAGAAAUUUGAUACGCGCAUUGGAGAUGUCAUUCCUUAUCUGUGAGAAUUUGCCUAAAUCUGAUUCCAAUUUUGUUACUGACGAAUGAGUGCGGUGGAGUUUCUUUUUGUUUUGAAAAAUCAAAGUAACACGCGAAUCUAACUGUGUGAAAAGAGAGAGAACUAUAUUUCGCCGUAGAGCUAAUUUAGCGUCAUUUCGGGUGGAAGAAGAAGAAAAAACCACCACUAACUAAAUAAAUACACUUACUAAAGAAAGCAAGAAAGAACUGUUGUUGAUAUUGAAUCUACUUUUGUAAUUCCAGGCUCGGUUGUUUGUUUUUAAUCAAUUCACAAUGAGAGUUUAGCCAUAUUAUUUUUGUCACCUUCUCUGUUAAUUUAUUUAACCUCUCCUCCUGCUCCGUGUACUAUUUUUAACUUUUAUUUUUGCGAUGGUGCAAAUGAACUAGUUGGAAAAAUCGUAGAAAAAAUGCGAGAUGCGAGCCUGCAAUUAUCAAACGGGACAAACGAGGUCCGCUGCUAAUUAUACUUCUACUACCAAAUCGAAAAAGACAGUUUAUUAAAAAUGAGAAAGAAAGAUGGUGCUUUGGGACAUUGUAACUUUUGUGUACCUCUGGCGAUUUAUAUUUUGAUUUUUGUCAUCCAGAGUUCUCAUUAAUAUUCUACGAUAAUUAUGUAAUUAAUUUCCGUCAAAACUGAUGACGAAGAAAAUGUUAUUACUAAAAAAGAUACCAUCCUAUUAAAAACAAUAAAAUAUUAAUACAGAUGAAAUGAAA